CCUAGAGCCUCUGCUUCUUGUUACAACCAGGAAAUGGGAGGGGAAAAGUCCCCAAAGGUGGGAGGAGCAGAGGAGUCCUUUCUUUGCAAAGCUAUGAUUUGCAGAAACACAUGGGAGCAAAGGACAAGGCUUUGCAGCUUUGCAGGAGUCCAUGACCUGCUGCUGGUUUGUUGCCCUGGACUCUUUGGGCAAGUUGUGUGAGGCUUCCAGGCAAAGGCAGGAGCCCAAAGAGGAGCAGGUUCUGGUCCAACACAGCUUCUGAAUCCUGGAGUCCAGAAGGGAAAAGCAAUGGCUGUGUUUGGCAUCUCCGCCGUGUUGUUGCUGGCCAGCCUGAGCCAAGGGCAGGACUUCCCUUUCCGGGACCCGACUUUACCCUGGGAAGAGCGGCUAGACGACCUGAUCAACAGGCUGACUCUCGAGGAGAUGGUGCUGCAGAUGGCAAGAGGAGGUGCAGGUCCCAACGGCCCGGCACCCCCCAUUGAGCGGCUGGGCAUUGGCCCUUUCAACUGGAACACGGAGUGCCUCCGAGGAGACGUAGAAGCCCCGGGCUGGGCAACCGCCUUCCCGCAAGCCCUGGGCUUGGCUGCCUCGUUCAGCCCUGACCUCAUCUACAGCGUCGCCAAUGUCACAGCCACGGAGGUCCGUGGCAACCAUAACUACUUUGUCUCCCGUGGCUACUACUUUGACCACACCGGCCUGAGCUGCUUCAGCCCCGUCCUGAACAUCAUGAGGCACCCGCUGUGGGGCAGGAACCAGGAGACUUAUGGGGAGGACCCCUUCCUGACGGCGCAGCUGGGCGUAGCUUUUGUGACGGGGCUUCAGGGAGACCACCCUCGCUACGUCAAGGCCAGCGCGGGCUGCAAACACUUCGAUGUCCACGGAGGUCCCGAGAAUGUCCCCACGUCCCGGUUUUCCUUUGACACCAAGGUGGAGGAACGUGACUGGCGCAUGACUUUCCUGCCUCAGUUUGAAGCCUGUGUGCAGGCUGGAACCUUCAGCUUCAUGUGCAGUUACAACAGGAUUAAUGGGGUGCCCGCCUGUGCCAACAAGAAACUUCUGACGGACAUCCUGCGUGGCGAGUGGGGCUUCCAGGGCUACGUGGUGAGUGACGAAGGAGCCAUCGAGUUGAUCAUGGUUGGGCACCACUUCACCCAGAGCUUCCUGGAGACUGCAAUUGCUUCUGUGAAUGCUGGAUGCAACCUGGAACUUGCGUAUUUGAUGAAAGCGAAUGUGUUCACUCACAUAAGUGAAGCUGUGGCCAAGGGCAACAUCUCCUUGGAGACGGUUAAGGCCCGUGUCCGCCCGCUCUUCCGCACCCGCAUGCGCCUGGGCGAGUUCGACCCACCGGCCAUGAACCCCUACAAUGCUCUGGGACUCGGCGACGUGGCCACUGAAGCUCAUCACCAACUAGCUCUCUGUGCUGCCGUUCAGUCCUUCGUCCUGCUCAAAAACGACCAAGGAACCCUCCCUCUUAAGGCCCAAGAUGUAUCUGACAAGACAUUUGCAGUGGUUGGACCUUUUGCAGACAACCCUAGACUUUUGUUUGGAGACUACGCUCCACUUUCAUUACCCAAGUACAUCUACACACCCAGAAGAGGGAUCGCAACCAUCUCGGCGAAUGUCUCCUAUGCUGCGGGGUGUAGCCAUCCCAGUUGCGACCGGUAUUUCCCUGCGGAAGUGGAAAAAGUGGUACAGGCGGCAGACGUUGUGGUUGUUUGUCUGGGUACAGGAACGGACCUUGAGAGUGAAGGCCUGGACCGGACAGACCUGGCUUUGCCCGGGCACCAGCUGGACCUUCUGCAGGAUGCUGUGGCUUGGGCCGCUGGCCGGCCGGUGAUUCUGCUCCUGUUCAACGCCGGCCCGCUGGACGUGAGCUGGGCCAAGGAAAACGAUGGCGUGGGAGCCAUUGUAGCCUGUUUCUUCCCCGCUCAGGCCACCGGUCUGGCUAUUGCCAAGGUGUUGGUGGGAGCCGAUGGGACGAACCCUGCAGGCAGGCUCCCGGCCACCUGGCCAGCAGGUAUGAACCAGGUGCCACCCAUGGAGAACUACACAAUGGCUGGGCGCACGUACCGCUACUAUGGGGACGAGGCCCCGUUGUAUCCCUUUGGCUACGGACUCUCUUUUACCACCUUUCUGUACAGCGACUUGGCCCUGGGUUCUGAUGUUCUGCCCAUUUGCGGAAACCUGACUGUCUCGGUGGUGGUGAAGAACGUUGGCUCCAGAGACGGCGAGGAGGUGGUGCAGCUCUAUCUCCGUUGGGGAAGGGCAUCGGUGCCAGUCCCGCGUUGGCAGCUGGUUGGCUUCCGGAGGGUCCUGAUACCACAAGGACAAUCCGUCAAGGUGUCCUUCCUGCUCUCCUUCGACCAGAGAGCCGUAUGGGCUGGGGAAUGGCAGCUGGAGCCGGGCACUUUCACCCUUUUCGUCGGCGGGCAGCAGCCCUUCCAAGAAACCCGGGCCCCUUCCAACAUCCUUCAGGCUGAUUUCACUGUUUCGGGAAGCUCAUGCAAAAGAAGCCAAUGCUAGUCGCUGUGACUCACUGGGAAAAAAGCAAUGCAGGGACUCAUGACGUUAGUGAAUGUUCUUACAUUAAAGAAGACCAGAUUUGGAGCAGAGAAUACAGUACACGCCACGAUGGUUUGCAAAGUGGGGAUGACCUUGCCACGGAUGCGCAAUUGACAUUGUUCAUGGAACAGAUUGCGACGGGAAACAGGCAAGGGCAAGGAAAGGGCUUGCAGGGAAAAUAAAAUAUUGUUUUCUGAAAUAA